AUGACUCCCUCCAUACCUCCGUACUUGCUACCAGACUACGAUCCUUGCAAGGCCACUAUCAAUGAACUUUGUAGCGUUCUUUCUACCAUGAAUGUUGCUUUGCCUGCUUCUAGACAACUGAAACAAGUCUACAUCGACUUGUUCAACAAGACUGUCACUGCUGAUACAAGACCUCUGCUGGUCGAUAGAGUCUUGUCUGUGCGUCCUUCAGAAGUGGGAAUAACACAGUUGUCUAAAGAUGGCAUUUGUGAGAGACUGCUGGCCACAGACAUUCCUCCUCCUUCCGUCGCUGUCAGAACUCCUGCGAGAGAGGACGAACAACUGCUUGAACCAUUCGAGUUAUCCCCACUACCACUCAAGCACAAGAAUAAACGGUCCAUCACUACCACCACUCCUACAACUGUCAAUCAAACUGCUUUCAAGCAAACUGUGACCUUUGACAAGGAAAACACUCGUCCUCUCCAUGAUUCGACCUUGUCCGAUGAUCACCGCCAAGUGUCAUCAGAAGUGUCUUGCAACAACACCAAGUCCACUAACAAGCUGGCUGCUGCAGUCCAUUCUGCUUCAACUCUUUUACGUAAGAUUUCAAUUCCUCGAAGACGAGGUCAUCUGUCUAGUUCAACCGAUGUCGAUGCCACUCAAGUCGACCUCAAACAAGUGCACACACAGGAUGCAUCAAUCCCCACUGCUGCUGAAACCACUAGUCCUGUGCAAUACAAACGCACUCGCAUUGUUCUUGGCCAUGCAACCGAGGAAGAUCCUGCCAGCAAUGAUCAUACUGACACUCCCACCACUCCCGUCAAGUCUUCCCGUCGUAUUACUCGCACUACUGUUGUUGGCGGAACUUCUCCCGUGGCUGCUGGUGGUUUGACUAGCACUGAUCAUGACUUGACUAAACUUAAAUCCAACGGUUCAACUACCAAGUCUCCUUCAAAAUCCCUUGGCUCAGACACUGAAAUCUCCGCUCGCUCUACUUCCUUGCAGCACACAUCUACCAAACUGCGUGUAUUCAGUAAUCGGACAACACCAUCUCGGUUGUAUGCGUCUUCAAAUAUCCAAAUUCACGACAUGAUGGAUUGCAAUACUGCAAACUUGGACAAUGACUCUCGCACUGUUUCUACUACCAAUGUAUUUGAAACGGGUGACAUGGAGCAGGAUAUCAACACUCCUCUCAAGUACCGUCAAAGCACUACCCAAGGCACUCAUGGAACUAAAUCCGUCAAGGCUACUCAAUCUCCUAAAUCCAAAAAUGCCAACUCUAAUAAUGAUCAUCUCGAAAAAUCUCCCAACAGCACCAUGUCUGCUCCCUCCAGAUCAAAAUUCUAUAUUGAUCCAUUUAUGCCUGGUGUUCGCUCCAAAGUUGGUGGUGCUGCUCAUUCUCAGUUUCUUUCACACUCUAACCAAUCGUCAUUGUUCUCUCCUGAUGCCGUUACUCAAAAUGCAGAGGAUGAUCAAGUGGAAUUCAAGACACGAAAAGUUAGUGAUUUGGCUGCAGAAUGGACUCGCAAGAUCCAGAUGAGUGUUGAGGAAGCAAAGGCAGCAGCUGCCGUUACUACGUCGCUUGCUGCUGCUCAUAAUAGAGGCGCUAAUAAUAUGCUCGCCGCUUCGGCAGAACCUCCUAUUGUUGAAGCGUCCUCUAAACUUCUUUACCCUGAUCUGACUAAUCGAGCCAGUAAUGAUUUGGUUCAAACUAAUGACGCUGCUCAUUUAGAUUCUAAAAAAUCUUUACCCAUCAAAAAGAACCCAUUCCAGAAACACUCAAAAAGUACCUUUGAGCAAUCUUCUAGUCGCAAGUCAAGAAACCCAUUCAAAAGCAUGGAUGCUGAUGAGGAUUGCACUGUUACCGAGAUGGAUGACAGCGUGUCUGAAUGGAGUCAAGCCGACGGUGGCAUAAAUGAUUCAUCACAUCUUGCUUCAGAGGUAUAUGACGAAUCAACCUUGAUUGCCAAAUCAUCAUGGGUUGCACCUUUUUUUGGGGUUCUUUUUGUCGCUGCUAUGACGAUUCUUGUUGGUCUGUAUUGGCGCGAACUGGUCGUGUUGGCCAAGACACCCUUUGAUGAAAAACAUCCCAUUAUGCUUGCCUACGCUUAUGCUUUAAAUAUGUACGCCAAUCCUCAGAUUGCCAUGGAUCAUAUCUAUGAGUUUUUAGAACAAUCCCAUCAUGCCAUAUCUGAAUGGUCUAGGAUUUCUUAUUUGCAUGCAGUCUAUGCAUAUGCUUUGCUUCGUCAAUACAUGCUCGAGCUGAUGGAUACUGUUCUCACUAGUUACGGACACGUGCGGCCCAUUUUUAUAUCAUACGCACAUACCACUAGCGCCUCAGUCUUUGCCGUGUAUGCCGAUCUGCAAAAAACUGUACUAGCACACUAUACAUCAUCCAAAGAAACAUUGGUACCGAAUCUAUUGAUUAUUUGGCAAAUUAUUGUCGACCGACAGAUUGCGUUUGUCCACGAGUGUGCUACAUACUGUAUGACUAUUUAUACAUCAAUGAGCAUGACACUUGUGCGUAAUACCAUUGAUGCUAUUAUGAGUGCUGUUGACGCAGCUGCACAUCGUGUGGCCGAGUGGAGUCAACCCAUUCUAGAUCCACUCAUGGCCAAGGUGCAUGUCUUUUUGAAAAGCACUGAAACUGGUGCAUAAAACUGUGUUUGAAUGUGCUCGUUUUUAUGGCAUGCUGGGUGGAUAGAUCAGAGCUUGGAUGAUACCUUUUUAUGCUUGAUAGAUUCUAUUUAUUACAUUUUAAUGGUCUUUGUUUUGAUCUUUUAUAGUUUUGCAAUGAAUUUGAAGCUGUUUUGGGGGCUUUACAU